AUGCUUAAUUAUUCAACCACACAGGGUCUCAAAAAUGCAUUGCGUACUUUUGGUAAUAUAAAGAACUCAACUGCGCUUCGGAGUGCGAAAUACAGCACUAACGUCAACCGUUCCAAUGAAUCUAAGGAUAUUGAAUCCCCGGAAGAAUCAACCCUUAGGUCGCAUUUAGAUGUCAAACCAAUCGAUUAUACGAAUAAUGCGCCUGUUAAUCCCAAGAAAAAAAGACCUCUGCUUUCGGACUCCAAGUACGAAUCGAAGCUAUAUCAGCUCCCCAAAUGGAAAGAAGCUCUUGGUGAAAUUGUUAUCAAAAGCUUCAACCUCGAUAUGGAUAAAGUCAGAGCUGGCCCUGUAGCUGGAUCCUAUUACUAUGCAUUGUGCAAAGAGCAAGGUCUUCAAUUCGAAAACGAACCGCUUUCGUCGACGGCCAAGUUUUUUUACGAAGAUCUAAAAUUACCUCGUACCUUUUCUCAGUGGUUUCAGGUUACAAUUCUGCACGAAUGGAUCCUUUUCGUGAGGAUGCGUGCUAUGCCUUUCAAAUAUGGUAAGAACUAUCAGCAAAAACUGGUGGACAGAACGUUUUCGGAUAUAGAAUUGAGGCUGUUUGAUGAGAUGAACGUCAACUCGGGCCGUAUAGCGGACCAAUACCUAAAAGACUUCAACUCACAGCUUCGUGGUGCUGUGUUCGCAUAUGACGAAGGCUUUUUCACCGAUGACGCUACCCUGGCAGCUGCCAUUUGGAGAAAUCUGUUUGGUGGCAGAAAAAACGUAGACAUGGUCCAUCUCGAGGCAAUGGUGAGGUACGUUCGUGCACAACUGUAUGUCUUGAGUAAAAUGUCAGACAGGGAAUUUGCCAUGGGUGGCUUCAAAUUCGUUCCACCUGAUGAAACAGUUCACCAAUUGAGUCCUCAACAGGAAGCGGAAAUGAGAAAUGCUGUGAUCGAGAAGUAUCAAGCUAUGGACAAAAAGCCUGAUUUGCUACCUAGUGAGCGUAGCAAAUUAUCUUUUGAGAACUAG